UCUGACAGCAGCAUGUUCAAGCCCAGUCUCCUCAUCGUGUUGCUGCUGUGUGCAUUCCCUUCAGCCCGCCCCUGCCUGCAGUGUGACCGCGUGGUGGUCUACAUCCAUGAGGAUUUUUUAGUGAGUCGAGGAGACCUCACCGUCAAAGACCAAAAGGCUUUGCAAAGCAUCAUUAACCAUGGUUACGUCACUUUUCGAGAAGCCAGCUGGCCAUACCAUGGAGUCAUCGACCCCACCACUCUGUACCGAGCCCGCACUGAGUACCACAGUGAGUUUGACCGAUAUUGGCAGGACCAACGAGGAGACAACAUCCACCUAGAGAUGGUUAUGAUGUUGGAGAAAGGGAAGAUGAUGCUUCAGAAACAUCUGGAGAAGUUUGUCAAGGAGGGUCUUUGUCCGAAUAAAUGUGGUUUGUUGUAUCAGACUGUUAUGAACUGCAACACGUGUAAAUAUGAGCAACGUACGUGCUUGCCUGCCACACCUCCUCAAGACUGUGAAGGCCAUCGUGUGGAGGCAGAGGAGGGGGAUCAGGUGGUUCUUGACUGCUUCCUGCCCUGGCACAGUCUGCUCUCUGGGCACACAGAGUACCACUACUCCUGGAGACCCGGCGUACAAAACGUGAGUCCAGACUAUUCAGCUCAGCUCAGCUCAGCUUCCGUGACGUCUGAAGAUGAGUUUCAGGGCCUGGUGGUGACGUCCGACUCGAACAUAGUCCUGAAUCAGCUGGAGGUGGGCGAGCAGGGUGUGUACCUCUGCCUCCUACAGGACAAAAACGGUACUGUCUUCUCCCGGACUCAUUUCACGCUCACAGUCCUGACUCCGCCCUCUGUGCCGAGGCCGACUGAUGGUGCGAAGCUGCAUCCAGACACCCUCAUCAUCACCCUGGGCCUCCUCUCCGCCCUCAGUCUGGCUGCCAGUCUCACACUGCUCGUCACCCUCGGCACGAUAGCGAUGCGACAGAGUCUCCGGAAAGAGAAGCGGAGAGGUGGAGGGGAGCAGGAGGAGGAGAGGCUCGAGCUGAUGACACCGGCAGAGAGAUAG